AUGGCAAGUAAUUUUUUUGGUAGACCAAACAUGAGAGGAUCUUCGCAGUCGUCAUCGUCUCCAACAUCGUCUUCUUCAUCUCCAACGACCAGAAGAGGGAAGAAGAAUGGUUCCGAGAAGCCAAAGCAACCACAGAGAGGUCUCGGAGUAGCACAACUGGAGAAAAUUAGAUUACAUGGCGAGAUGAGUUGCAACAAUUACAAUCCGUCUUUCUAUCCUCAGGAGAAUGUGAGGAUGCAAGGAGAAUAUUCAUCCAUACCAUCAUCAUCGCCAUCCUUUACAUAUGCAUCAUCAUCAUCGACUCCAGAUAUGAUGAUAUUUCGCUUGGUCCUAAAAACUAAUAACGUUUUAUUUUUUGUUAAAAACAGUUGGAACCCAAGCUACGGCAUCUUAGAGAGCCAACAUUCUCUGGAACCAAACAGCACUAGACAUUUGUUACACGAGGAUCCAAGUUAUACAACGCGAAGUAAAUCGUUGGGAUCAGGAAACCAAAACUCAGGGUCGACUGACAAUCAAGAGCUAGAUUUGGAGUUGAGAUUGUCACUUUGA